AGUAGGCUCCAAGGAGAAGAGAGGAGAGGAGAGGAGAGCUGAAAAGGGAGCCACGUCUUUUCUUAGGAGGGCUGCUUUCUAGAGUCGGGGCUGCAGGUUGGAGAUUUUUAAGGAAGUGGAAAUUGGCAAUUGGCUUUAUUUGUGUGUCUGUGGUUUUGGGGGAGGGGGGCUACAAAGAGGGGCUAACUCCCUCUCCCUGUUCUCCAAGGUUGGACCACAGGGAUGAGGUUGUGAGAUACAAAGAUAAAGGAGGGAUGGGGAACACUAUGACGUGGUCUUUUCUUUUUCGUUUCUGUUUUUGAUUUUUGUUAAUAUCUAUCCUUGGCUGAGGGGAGGGCGGAGUUCAGCGGCGGAAAUAAAGCGAGCAGUGGCCGGUGCGAAACGACUCCCGGCUCUAAGCCUUACUUGCGGUGGCCGGACUUGUCUGUGGCUGAAGCAGAGCCGGGGCUCUGACUCUCACGUCUACACUGGAGGUGCGGAAACCUGGACUGGGGUUCACCAGCCACAGACUGGCUACUCUGGUUCUUUUCUCCUCUUCCUUCUUCUGUUCUAACCAAACAAAACCAAACUCGGUGCUUGUGCCAGGCCUUGGCCAGUUUGGACUGUAAUGCAAACAUUUCUGGAUUUUAUCUUCCAAGGGAGGACUCAAGGGCUGUAAGGUUUGCUAUCACUGUUCCAACACUGCAGAGACCUUGAAGGUUCAGUGUGGGAUCUGUAGAACCUAUGGUUUGCGGUGACAGUCAGAGGGGAUCUUCGGGAGAUUUGUAGAGCCGGUUCUUAGCGCUUUGUGGGUUCAGAGGCUGGCUACAGUGUUUAUGAAGAGGGACAGUGGGCUGGGGACACUGCUGGGGUUAUGGCGGUAGUGAGGUCCAUGUGUUCUUGUUCCUUGGCAUGUGUCUGACUCUGUUGCUGCUGCAGUCCAGUGGGCAAGGGCACGGCUGUUUGGGGUUGGGCUGCCCAAUGUCUUGCAUGGUUGGUUGUCCUGUUGUCCUUUUUUUGAUCGAUAGCAGGAACCUGAUCGCUGAGGUUGGCACAGGUUGGCAGGGGGAUGAGGAUGCAUUGUGGUUGUCUCCUCCUCCUCCUCCUCCUCUCCUUCUUCCUCUACCCCUUCUUUUUCUCUUUACUCUUCUCCUUCCUGUUCUUGUUCUUCCUCAUCUUCCUCUUCCUUCUUCUCCCUCUUCUUCCUCUUCAUUCUGCUCUCCUCUCUUCUUUUCCCCUUUCCUCUCCUCUCCCUUUCUUCAGGUCACAGCGGAGUGAAUCAGCUUGGUGGUGUUUUUGUCAACGGGCGGCCACUGCCGGACUCCACCCGGCAGAAGAUUGUAGAGCUAGCUCACAGCGGGGCACGGCCGUGCGACAUUUCCCGAAUUCUGCAGACCCAUGCAGAUGCAAAAGUCCAAGUGCUGGACAAUCAAAACGUGUCCAACGGAUGUGUGAGUAAAAUUCUGGGCAGGUAUUACGAGACUGGCUCCAUCAGACCCAGGGCAAUCGGUGGUAGUAAACCGAGAGUAGCGACUCCAGAAGUUGUAAGCAAAAUAGCCCAGUAUAAGCGGGAGUGCCCGUCCAUCUUUGCUUGGGAAAUCCGAGACAGAUUACUGUCCGAGGGGGUCUGUACCAACGAUAAUAUACCAAGUGUAAGUUCACUGAGAACAUCUGCCCUCCCUGUCCUAAGCCCAAGGCUCUCUCCUCUUUACCUCUUCCCACCCUCUCUCUCCACUGUCUCUUAGUUUGUGUCCUCUCCCUGCUCCACAUUUGUCUCCUUUGUACCUGGGGGAACAGAGAGGAAUGCCCUGACCUUUCUUUGACUGUCUGGAAAAUGGGAGUCAAGUGUGGGCAGUCGUUCACUUCAUUUGCAUGCUGCAAAUCGGAGGGCGGAGGCACCAGGGAAAGGCACUUGAAUCAAGAAGGAAAAUGAGAACCAGAUUGUAACUUCGGCCCAAUCCACCUGCCAGAACUUUCCUUCAGGUGUCAUCAAUAAACAGAGUUCUUCGCAACCUGGCUAGCGAAAAGCAACAGAUGGGCGCAGACGGCAUGUAUGAUAAACUAAGGAUGUUGAACGGGCAGACCGGAAGCUGGGGCACCCGCCCUGGUUGGUAUCCGGGGACUUCGGUGCCAGGGCAACCUACACAAGAUGGCUGCCAGCAACAGGAAGGAGGGGGAGAGAAUACCAACUCCAUCAGUUCCAACGGAGAAGAUUCAGAUGAGGCUCAAAUGCGACUUCAGCUGAAGCGGAAGCUGCAAAGAAAUAGAACAUCCUUUACCCAAGAGCAAAUUGAGGCCCUGGAGAAAGAGUUUGAGAGAACCCAUUAUCCAGAUGUGUUUGCCCGAGAAAGACUAGCAGCCAAAAUAGAUCUACCUGAAGCAAGAAUACAGGUAUGGUUUUCUAAUCGAAGGGCCAAAUGGAGAAGAGAAGAAAAACUGAGGAAUCAGAGAAGACAGGCCAGCAACACACCUAGUCAUAUUCCUAUCAGCAGUAGUUUCAGCACCAGUGUCUACCAACCAAUUCCACAACCCACCACACCUGUUUCCUCCUUCACAUCUGGCUCCAUGUUGGGCCGAACAGACACAGCCCUCACAAACACCUACAGCGCUCUGCCGCCUAUGCCCAGCUUCACCAUGGCAAAUAACCUGCCUAUGCAACCCCCAGUCCCCAGCCAGACCUCCUCAUACUCCUGCAUGCUGCCCACCAGCCCUUCGGUGAAUGGGCGGAGUUAUGAUACCUACACCCCCCCACAUAUGCAGACACACAUGAACAGUCAGCCAAUGGGCACCUCGGGCACCACUUCAACAGGACUCAUUUCCCCUGGUGUGUCAGUUCCAGUUCAAGUUCCCGGAAGUGAACCUGAUAUGUCUCAAUACUGGCCAAGAUUACAGUAAAAAAAAAAAAAAAAAAAAAAAAAAAAAAAAAAAAAGGAAACGAAAUAUUGUGUUAGUUCAGUCAGUGACUAUGGGGACACAACAAUUGAGCUUUCAGAAAAGAAAGAAAAAUGGCUGUUAGAGGCGCUUCAGUUCUACAACUGUGUCCUGUAUUGUACCAUUGGGGAAGGAAUGGACUUGAAACAAGGACCUUUGUAUACAGAAGGCACGAUAUCAGUUGGAACAAAUCUUCAUUUUGGUAUCCAAACUUUUAUUCAUUUUGGUGUAUUAUUUGUAAAUGGGCAUUUGUAUGUUAUAAUGAAAAAAAAGAACAAUGUAGACUGGAUGGAUGUUUGAUCUGUGUUGGUCAUGAAGUUGUUUUUUUUAAAAAAGAAAACCAUGAUCAACAAGCUUUGCCAUGAAUUUAAGAGUUUUAUCAAGAUAUAUCGAAUACUUCUACCCAUCUGUUCAUAGUUUAUGGACUGAUGUUCCAAGUUUGUAUCAUUCCUUUGCAUAUAAUUAAACCUGGAACAACAUGCACUAGAUUUAUGUCAGAAAUAUCUGUUGGUUUUCCAAAGGUUGUUAACAGAUGACGUUUAUGUGCAAAAAAGGGUAAGAUAUAAAUUCAAGGAAGAAAAAAAGUUGAUAGCUAAAAGGUAGAGUGUGUCUUCGAUAUAAUCCAAUUUGUUUUAUGUCAAAAUGUAAGUAUUUGU